AUGCCCAGGAGCUGGUCCCCGGAAGAAUGCGGGGGGCAGGGAGAGCCCCCAGGCGACGGACACCCCCUGUGUGCUAGGCUGGUAGAUUCGCCCCGCACAGGGUCGGAGGAGCAGCCCGAGUCUGGCCUGACCCCCAUUGUCACCCGCACGGCUUCGGGACCUGCCCUUGCCUUCUGGCAGGCACUGCUGGCUGGGGACGUGGGCUCUGUCUCCAGUAUCCUGGCCGACUCCAGCGCGGGCCUGGCUCCCGACUCCAUCUUUGACACCAGCGACCCAGAGCGAUGGAGAGACUUCCGCUUCAACAUCCGCGCUCUGAGACUCUGGUCCCUGACCUACGAGGAGGAGCUGACCACACCGCUGCACGUGGCCGCCAGUCGAGGGCACACAGAAGUGCUGAAGCUGCUACUCAGGCGCCGAGCAAAGCCGGACAGCGCCCCCGGGGGCCGCACGGCCCUGCACGAAGCCUGCGCCGCUGGCCACACUGCCUGCGUGCACGUGUUGCUGGUGGCAGGUGCUGACCCCAAUAUCCCGGACCAGGACGGGAAGCGCCCCUUGCAUCUCUGCCAGGGUGCUGGCACCGUGGAGUGCGCGGAGCUGCUCCUCAAGUUUGGGGCAAGAGUGGAUGGUCGGUCUGAGGAGGAAGAUGAGACCCCUCUACACGUGGCUGCCCGGCUCGGCCGCGUGGAGAUGGCCGACCUGCUUUUGAGACGGGGGGCGUGCCCGGAUGCCCGCAACGCUGAAGGCUGGACCCCGCUCCUGGCAGCCUGCGACGCCCGCUGCCGGUCCCCUGCUGAUGCAGAGGUCACCAGCACCUGCUGCCUCCAGCUGUGCCGUUUGCUGCUGUCAGCUGGAGCGGAUGCUGACGCCGCCGACCAGGACAAGCAGCGGCCCCUGCACCUAGCCUGUCGCCGUGGCCACGCAGCUGUGGUGGAGCUGCUGCUGUCCCACGGGGUCAGCGCUAACGCUAUGGACUACGGAGGACACACAGCCCUGCAUUGCGCUCUGCAGGGCCCACCUGCAGCCCUGGCCCAGAGCCCCGAGCGGGUGGUGCAGGCUCUGCUCAACCACGGCGCUGUCCGAGUCUGGCCAGGGGCCCUCCCCAAGGUGCUGGAGCGCUGGUGCACGUCCCCGCGAACCAUUGAGGUCCUCAUGAACACCUACAGCGUCGUGCAGCUUCCGGAGGAGACCGCGGGCCUGGUACCCCCCGAAACUCUGCAGAAGCACCAGCGCUUCUACUCCUCCCUCUUCGCUUUGGUGAGGCAGCCCCGCGCACUGCAGCACCUGUGCCGCUGCGCCCUGCGCGCUCACCUGGCAGAGCGCCUGCCCCAGGCCCUGCCCCGCCUCCCCCUGCCACCCCGCCUGCUCCGUUACCUGCAGCUCGACUUCGAGGACGUGCUCUACUAG